AAAACAACUCGUACAAUAAACAAAUACAAUAAAACUCUCUCUCCAGAAAGACAUACAAUUUUAUAAUAAUAUAAUUUUUUUUUUCUUCAUAAUAUAACGUUUCCAACAACAAUAUGAAGCUGCGCAGCGGUCUAGUCUUGAAAUCUGGAGAGGGACGCAAUCCGAUGCGCGGCGUCAGGAAGCCGAGCGCGGCAUCGUCUACGCGUACAAUUACGGCACAACAGGUGACAUCGCUGAUCACAUACACGGACGAACUGGAGGAGAUGCUGUGCGAGGCUGGAACCAGUCGACCCAGCCGACCCAGCCGACCUAGCCGACCCGGCCGCAGUCUCAAGGCCAGGCAAGCCGCGCAGGCUGCCAAAGGUGCCGCCAAAUUGGGUCAACCUCGGCGCUCUGGGCGAGUCGCUGAACUCUAUCAAAUAGCUGGCCGGGAUCAGCUGGGCGGGAUGAGCAGCCGCUGCGAUUAUCGAGUCGUUGAUGUGGGCCAGCAAGUCGAUAUGGGCCAGGCUGUUGAGGUGGCCGGAACGGAUGGCGAUUCAAUGCUGGAGGCGGAUCGAGCAGCCGUCCAGCUGGUGAAUCGAGCCGCAACAGGUACUAGAGUCGUUCAAUACAUUGAAAUCCUUGACGUCAUUACAAUCGUUGGAGCCACUCCAGGCUUAACGGACGCCGAGCUCGUUGGACGAACUGCAGCCACAUUGGGCGCACUGAACGCCUUGAGCAGCCGGUUAACGCCAGUCGCUGCCUCCGCCUGCGCUCCUGGCGAGGAUGAGGCCACAGCCGCUGCCGCUGCCGCUGCCGACGGCGAUCUGAGCGAUUUGGAUGAAGAUGCCGAAACCGAAAUGUCAUCAACGGAGGAAGACGAGGAUGUGGCAGCUGCUGUCCAGGCACGCAAGCAAGAGGGUUGUCGUCGGAGAUUCUGGACGAAUAUCAAGAGCGCCUUGAUGCGGUGGGUGAGCUUUGCCUGACUUUGCGGCUGGACGAGCAUUAAAUACAAAAGCACUCGCCCGAUGAUUUCUAUGUGUGUGUGUUGUGCGUAUGUCUAUAUAUAUAUUUUUAUAGUUCUUCAAGCAUUGGUGUAAUGCCUGGAAGAGUUUUUCGAGCAUCAGGUUGCAUGCAACUCCCCGAAAAAUAGUUCCUAUAAUCAUUUAUUGCCGUUAGAUAUUAGUUCAGCGAGCAGUUUCUCGAGAAUUCGCCUUCAACAACCAUAAAAAAAAAAAAAUUCCAAAUUUCUCCCAAGUUUGUACUUUCCCAUUUUUGUUUCAACAAAUUAUAUAUCGACAGGUAUUUAUCUAGAGCAGCGUACGUGCCUGAAUGUAAUUUACCAAAAUGAAAAUAAAAAUUAAAUAAUAUUCGAA